GACACUGUGUCAAGCAGUUCUUUCGCGACUGUGCCUAGCAAAACAGAAAUUGCGACGUGUGUGAGACAGAGUGGGCUUUUACCUCACACCCCGUUUGGAGGAAGGCGACGUCAGUGAAUUUUAUCUUCAGGCCAGCGAAGUAAGUCGCGUGCCAGCGGUCUGCGCACUUGAAAAGCAAAGACCUUGGACACUCCUGUCGGUCUUCUCCGAGACGCAAGAGAAUUUUUAACCCUUGGAGCAACCAUUUGUCCAUGGAGUCGGCGCCACCAGUGUGAAUUCUAUUCUUCCUUUCAUCACAUCGGCGUGAUCCAGCAGUCAUUUGUUCCAGACAACGCAGCCAUGAGCAAAAACGCCUCUUCCAGCUCCAGCUCAGCAAAAUCGGGAUUGUCCCGUCUGAGAUCCUUGCUGAACUUUAUUAACCGGCCCAGAAGCCGAGCCCCUAGCUUGGAAGCCCCGCCUGCUGCAGAGGAAAAAAACAGCGGACAGGAUCGACGGACCAGCGAGCCGAACAUCGGGGCCGGCAGUCGAGCCCGGGAUUCUCGGGGUUUGUCCAGCACCUGGUCCUACUCCAUGACGGACCCGUUCGAAGAACUGGGUAACCCGGCGGAGAUGGAGAGGGAGUUGAGUGAAGACGAAGUGUUUCUUGACGAUUACAUCGAGGACGAGUACUGGCUGGACUACAGCUCAACCGACGAAUGCGUGUCGGAGAAAAACUGUUCUCAAGUGGCUCCCAAAGUGAAAAUGGGCAUCUCGUCUUUGGAAAGGACGUCCAAUGUCGAGCAGCGACGGAGGAGUCGUAGUAAGACAGGGAUUCUAGACUUGAACCAGAAGACUAAAGACUUGGGCCCAAAACCAAUGGAUAACCCAAUGACAAACAGGAAUGAAGGUGGCUUGUCUGAGGUUUGCUCUCGUUGUACAGAAGAUUCUACAAAGUGUACGAGUGUUCAAGAUGAGUGCUGUAGUGUCUUACGCUCGUACAAUAGGAAACAAUGGACUUACCAGGGUGAAAGCGACGACCUGGAUUUCAUCGUGCGGAGGGACGCAUGCUCGAGUGGGUCAGUGUCACCAAUGGGCGUCCUGGUCCCUGACAGUAUCAGCGACACGAACAAUAACGACGUAAACUGCCCGAAUUUUGAAUCCACUUCCAAGCACUUGCGAGCUGCUCCGACAACUGUUACCAUUAAAGUGGACGUCCAUUGUACAAGUACUGAGGAACAGCACAUUGGAACAGAACCAAAUUUGGAUAUGGAGGCGGUAGAGGAACGUACAAGCCUCGAUGUCGUGGAUCUACAGGUUGCCAACGAAAUGCAGCCGUCCUCUGGAAAGACAAACAAAAGCCCCGACUCAGAAGACGGGAUAAAACCUAAAGGUCACUUUGACGCACAAGAAACGUCAAACACCGCUCAUGUUGGAAACGUGUGCGAGAAGACAAUGGGAAAGUCUUACCUGCAGCGCACUGGUUCCAGCAGCGAUGGGGACAGUCCUGUUCUGAAAAAGGAUAAAGAUUCGUCACUGUCUGAUUUCUCCCAGCUUGUUUUGUCCAGUCCGGGUUUCCCCACCUCACCACAGACACACCUGUACCGUCCCAUCAGCAGUAGGCGGGAGUCUGGGUAUUUCAGCAGAAACAACACCCCUAGUCCUAAAGGAGAGCUGCGCUUUACCUACCCCAGGCCCGCCUCACCGCUGGAGUAUACGCACAAUGUGGAAGAGCUGUCGAAGCGAGGAGGAGAGCAGGCGGUAUACCAAGUGCGAGAGACUGAGCCUGAAGUGGCUCCUGUGAACAUCUCAAAGAUCGGACUGGCCUCCCCGUCUACCCUGGAUCAGUUUGAUGGCAUUAACGCGCUGUCUGCACCUCGGUGUCGCCUCACGAAAACCUCCAACUCUGCGCAAUCAAAGAAAGACCUUAAACAGUUGAAAGAAACAUGCGAGCUGUCUGUCAACUACAAAAAUACCGAAGAGCCUAUGGUUUCGGGGUCUACGUCAGACACAACCAGCACAAUCUCAUCUGCAGUGGAAGUACCUUCGGACCUGCAUGCGUGUCCAAUUGCAAAGAGAAUUUUCCCAGUCUUAGCAACAAAAUCAAAACAAAAUGUACCGAAAGAAAGGUGCACUGCUCUUAGCACUGUAAGUGCCAACCGAGGACCCAAAGAGGAGCCAGAAAUGCCUUUGGACUUCUCCAAGAGUCGAACGCCAAACAAACCAUUCCGACAAGAUAGAGAAUCCACCGUGGAUACAAGCGUAAUGAGCUGCGCAAGUCCCGUCUCCAAAAUGAAGGUGCCAACUCCAAUAUCAUCUAGCUCCCCUCUGCACAAGUCGAGUCGAGCAGGCCUUUACCCCAGCGCUGUGGCCGGCGACGCCAAUAUAGCACAAGUACCGGAAGUGUCGCCCGUCCGGCCCAGACGACCUGGACUGGAGAAAAAGCGGCGCCGGAAACCCGAUUCUCAGACCAGAGCUGGCAAGGAACGGUCUUCCAAAGGUUCCAACGAGAGCGGAUCGGGAAGGAAGGGUGACGUAAAGCGAGCGAAAUGCGAUAAAGAAAAUGUGAAACCCGCGGAGAACCAGACGAGGUUUGCUCCCAGGUCCACCCAUCCCUUUUCUCACAACUACCUUCUUCUCAAACGGACGGCAGAUUUCAUUAUCCUUCGUAUCCCGUCCUACAAUCAGCUGUGGGAAGAUUUCGACAUUCCAAAGCUAAUGGAGUAUCUGAACGCGUAUUUUCAGUCUGAAAUAAAACGGCUCGCUGACAGUAGAGUGCAAUCGAUUUGGGAUCUUAGAAACCACAAGGAGCAGCAAGCAGCCGCCGACAGAGACUUGUGUGUUCGCGACUCUGUGCGGGUUCUUUUGUCAGCCUGCUUGCUGGCGGAUCUGCUCAUGGCUCGAACCUGUGCGGACUUCAUGCUCCAGAGACUUUCCGAGGUGUGCUCUGACUGCCCAGAUUUUAUGUCAGCCUCGCCGGAAGUUGUUCUCAUGGUACUCUGCAACGAGGAGACAACGGUGCAAAACCCCCAAGGCUUCCCUCUCCCUUACAGAGAGUCCGAAAUAGAAGUGUUAAAAGCGGCGAGCAAGUACGUCUUGACCAACAAGACUGACAAUUCAGAGGCUAAACGUCGCAUCCGUCGACUCCUCCAGUCAGCGACGGAUACAUCUGUCCUGGACACUGUGGAAGAGCCACCAAGGUCAUUCAUGCAGCGUGUACUCCUAGGACCGCCAGAACCGCCCCCCAGGCAGGUUCCCAAUGGUGCUGAGAACAGGCCCCCGGCUUACAGACGACUCGCAUUUCGCCCCUAUCACGAGACCCGUUACGAACGUUCCAAACUGUGCAUCACGGCGAAGAACACCCGUCAAGAAUAUCUUCUGCAGCCUUUCCUCUCCAGCAACCGCAGAAAUAGGGCGGAUGCAGCGGUGUCGUGUUUACCCGAUGACGUAGUUCCGGCCAACGUUGAAGUGAUGGAAGUGUGCAACACCACUCACACGCUGAAGAAACUCACCUUCUAUUACAGAACCCACAACGGAGUCCCUUACAUCACGCGGAUUGAGAUGCAGUAUUCCCGGAAGAAAGGAAGACGCAAAAGGUGCGUGCUGGGUGGGCCAUUACCUGAAGCGUCUGUUACCGGAUGCUCGACCGAUGGUGGCAGCGCUGACACUUCAGAUAGUGGUGUAUACAGCAGAAGCACAAGUAUAAGCUCAUCCUCGUCGCUGAUAGGACAAGACGAUUCCUCUGGGUUGCUGCAUGGUCAGGACGCUGCUCUGGGAGCCGCAAGGUCGCGUGAGGACAGCAACGGACGAGGCGGGGAGAAAAAAAGCAGACCCGUCUUUCUGAGACGGGGAGAGCAUGUGAUCGGAGUAGCUGUACAGGGAGAUGCUGUUCUGCAGAACAUUGAGAUUCGAACGAAUUUAGGCCGGCGGAUUUGCGCGCAUAAUCUACCGUGCCCCGCUACGUAUGCACAGUGGUCAAACGUCUCUCUUCCUCUCGGCGGCUCCCCGUACUGCCUCCAGGCGUUCCGUGCAGACGUCAGACGGCCGGAACCCAAUCGGACGUACAUCCGGAACCUGGCCGCUGUGUGGGCCGUGACGUCACGACCCCUCAACAAUCUCAAUGUGUGAGGGAAGUUCUUUUAAAAAGUGCAAUCGUUUAAAUUAUGUUUUAUCUCGGUAUGGAUGAAUGUAAUUUUUGAAUGGAUGUUAUCUUAGUUAAUAAUAUAAACGCUUAAUUUUAUAGAAUAGGUUUCUGAAUGGAAUUUGUAGGUCAAUUCUGUCAAAAGUUGUAAACGCAAUAUGAAAAUCUGUGUUCAGCUAGGUUGUUAAUAUACGUAAUUUUAUGCACCCGGGCAACCGGAUUUGUACUAGGGAUUAUUUUACUAUGGGACAUAACCAAUCGUGUGAGCUAAUUUUAAAAUGCGUGAAUGAGAUUUGUAUGUGUGAAUGUUUGAAAGUGGAAAUAUAGUGUAUUAUGAUGUGAACGAGUUAAAAUUAUGGAACCAUCUGGUUUAAUUUUAAAAAUGGUGGGUGGGAUUUGUUUGAAUUAUUAAUCUUGACGUAAGGAAUUUUAUCAAAAGUAAACUUGAGGGCGUCAUGAGACCAAAGGAACACUACCCUUAACGGCCGUAACUGCCCCGAGUAUAAAAAUAACCGCACUCCCCCACGAUCGGGUUAAACAUCGGGAUUACGAUAAGUUUUGAGAAUGAAACAAAUUUAGACGGCCCACAUGUCCUGUGCACUUGAUCAAAUAUUGGACACUUUUGAGUCGUAUCACGAAAGGAAUGUUUGUUGUGGAAAUUAACUCUUUUUCCGAUACUAUCCGGUGAGGGUGUGGUAAGUAAAGCUAUCCUGACACCAAAGGAGAUAAUAUUACUCGUGCGUUAAGCUCUUGAAAAGUAGUGGGGGAAAAUUCCACCCGUUGGUUUGGUCCUUGAAAGCCAGUGGAAAUUCCAGCCACGGCGAAGCCCGUCCUUGACCUAACACACGGCUAAGCUGCAAGAACUGAACCGAACCUUAAACAAUGUGGGACUAGUCGUGUGUUAAGUCUCAGACUGCGCUAGUUUUUUUCCCCCACUUCCACCCUUACCCCGCCCUCUACUCCCGUUAUCUCGGUUAUUUUUUCCCUUUUUCUCUCCUUCCAUCCGCAAACGCCCUUUUCGUUUCCGAUUAUCUUUGUUCCAACACCUCAGCUUUAAAGACUAACAAGAAAGUUGAGAGGUGUUCCUUCCUCAAAUCCAAAGUAUAAUACCGUGUAAGUGCAUCGGAAAAUAACUAGAAAUAAUAUUUAACGUAAAGAUAAGACUUAAGUCAUUGCGGCUUGCAACUGUCCAAUAAUAGAAUUCGUGCAUUGUAUUGGGUGCUAUUUCACUAUUUCGUCACACGCUGCUCCCCCUCAAAACUUUUCGUUAAGACAAAUUUCCGUUCGGCAAAACAAAGCGCUUCCUUAUCCUCUUUGUUUCCAAGAUGGUCUCAUGACGCCUAUUUGUCACACAAAUAUUUAAAAAAUGCAGGUUUGCCACUAUCAGAUAUAGGGUAUAUUACUCACUCUGCCACUACUACCAAUGGUUUAAAUACUAGUAGCGACUGCAGUAAAAGAAGAAAGUACUUAAAUUCCAUUGUAUAAAAAUGUAUUGUAAAAGAGCAUACCUAAUCACAAAUUGUACAGAAUGUGUUUCUCUUUUAACGUUAUUAGUAUACCAUUGGGUCGGGUCGUGGUCUCCUAUCGUGGUUACAGCUCAAAGAUCCUCAAAUGCAGUUGAGCACUUCAUUUUGAUAUUUUCAUUUUGAUAUUUUCAUACUUUAUAUGUUCAUUUCUGUUCGUUUUGUCUACAAACUCUUGUCUACUCUACUCAUGCAGGGUUGUUCGCUUUAGACGUGUCAAGUCUUUCUCUUAAUAUCUCAAUUCUGCUUUUUAGCACUAUUCCCUCACAUAUUUUUAAAAGAAAAUGGAGAAAACAAAAGAAACGUCAGUCCUGUCAGAGACGCUUCAGUCAUUGUGGUCUUAAGCCUUUUGCCUUUUGAUAACCAGUGUCAAGGUAUGGAUUCUUACUCAAGUGGUAUCUCUGGCUGAAAUGCCGAUACGUUAUCUGCCCUAAUUGAAGAGCCAAUUUUCCUUUCACACGUUUCCUACCUGGGGAAAUGUUAACCCUUUCUCAAAGUUCUCUUGUCAAAAUGUUCCACCUAAAAUAUAUUAAUUUAUGAUCCAGCCCUUUUGAUGCUAACCAGAGAUUCGGUGACAUCAACUUCUAUGCGUGUGUUCCCUUCUCUUCUUAUUUGCUCAAGGUGCAGUGGACACUCGACAAAUACCAAUUUGUGUCAACCUAAACGUAAAACUAACUUAGAGGAGGCCGUCCUUCCUCCCUUAUCAUUUUUCAAGUCUUUCAAACAUUCCUCUCCGAAACAGACAAAAUGACCUUGUCAUAUAGGAUAUAAAUAUAGCGUUAAUUGGCACGAUUCAUUAAGACACAUCAUAAAUUCCACAAAUUCCACAAGAUUUUUUUUUUCAAUGAACCUACUGGUUUUCAUAAAUUUUUACCAAUUUAGUGGUUGAUUGUCCUGAUCUCGUUAGAAUUAAAAAUUACAUUUUGUGGCGUGUUAAUCUAUGGGCUACGACUAUUCUAAAAUCACAAAGCUGCUCAUAACAAUGCCAACAUUAAGCAUAGCUUGUUCCCCCAGUGUCGGUGUUGCUAUGGCAACCACAGCUUUAUAAAAGUUAAAACUAGACUGGUAUAAAGUAAACACUUCAUACAAUGUUAUUAAUGUUGCUUGCCCUAGAAAGAUGGCUAGUGAAAUAACUAUUGUUUCUGUUUGUUUAGUCAGUUUUACUGUGGGCCAAAAAAUCGUAAAAGCCAUUUGGUUCGGAGUUUAAAAUGCAAAUGAUCAGCAACUUCGGAGCUUCGUUCCAGUCAUCUGUUGAUACCAAACCUAUCAUAACCCGGCUGAAACCAUUCUUGUGUUCUAAAACAGCACCUUCCCUUUUUCUUUCUGCAUGCACCAAUGCUCGAACACACUCGAUAGUGCCGUAAAACACCUACUCAAUCGAAAGCACACACGUUUUCUUUGUCAGGAACGUAAUCAAUAACCUACAGAAAAUUAGCAAGUUAUUGUAGAAAAACAUCCUUUUAUCGUCUUUGAAUGUUUUUUAGAAUGUGAAAGAAUAAGGCUUGUGUACUUUCCUCUCCCAGCUCGCCCCUUUCCACCACCUCCCUUUUCCCCCUUAAUUUUACACCCCUCCCCCCCCCUUCCAAACUCUCUUCCUUUUUUUGCUAUUUAUUUUACCAUAUCAAUCUUCUAUUACAACCGCCUGUGCUCGCUAUUUUAGUCACCAUCUAGUUAACAAGUGUGCAAUGACAUGCCAUGAAUAUUUAUGAGAUUACUGUCCAGUUCACAGGUUGCUAUGUAAAGGGCCACAUUUUAGGUUCCUCUACAGUUUCAAUAGAUUUCGUCAUCAUGCUCGACGAUACAGCUUUGUCAACAUUUCGAGCACUAGCUUAAUUCCCCCAGUGUUGACAAUGGUGUUAUCGAGAAAAAAUAAGAAAUGUCGUCUUUUUGCUUAUUCGUGGCUUAUGUUCCCUUAUAUAGUGCCCCUGCUCUCUUCCUUCGUCCUUUUCCUUCAUCUUACCCCCCCCCCCUCUCGGCUUUCUGUUUUGAUCUCAAAAUUGAUAAACGAGUGGCAGCUAUAAAUCGUUUUUCGUGAAAUCUCAAAUUUGUUUUAAACUGUGGCCAACAUCUUAAAGUAAAUCGUAACCAUAAAAUUUGCUAAAAUGAUCCUUUUGAAGUUCAUUUAUUGAAAUACCAGGAUUAAAAAUUCAAAUUGACAUGGACCGGAAUGAGGACUUUUGUCUCCCGUAAGUCAACGGAGUCCAGGCAUAAGUACAACAAAAUCAACAUUAUAAGUGUAAGCUUAUUCCCCCAGUGUUGGCGUUGUUGUGUUUAUCCGAACUAUUUUGUAACGACUUUCAGAGGUACCUAACAAUAACCGCACCUACUCCUUCCCCUCCCUUAGCCCCACCCUCUCCCCUCAUACAUGUACAUCCCAUCCUCUCCCCUCCCCCUACCCCUCCCCUAUUCCUCCUACCUCCCGGAGUCCUGUCUUUUAGUGAAGACCUCCAUUCCUGCCACUUGAUUUCCCUAUCUCCAAGAGUAGACUUCGCGAAAUAAAGUUGGCUUGAAAAGUCACGUCCAAUUUUGCUUCUCCAGAACGUUUGCACUUGAGUGGGUAAACAAGAUACCAACAACGUCUUUGUUCAUAAACGUUAAACAUGUCUGAUAUCGUUCCCCCCAGCCUCAGAGGGGGGUAUGCCGAAUUUUUCAUUUCACUUAAAAGCUCUUGUUUGAAUUGCACUUCUAGAUUACGUUUAUCCCCGGGCUAGGUAAGAAGCAGGCCAGGGUAGAGACAUUUUAUGAAUGGCGAACACCGUAGUAGAUAGGCCUGCAAUGUUAUGUUCAGCGUACAACUUACAUGCAAGCGUCUGCGCUUUCCUAAUCGCCACCCGAUCCUUAGUUUUGCUGAGAUCAACACGCUUGUAAGUUUUAAGGAAUCGUGGAACCCCCCACUUUGUCUUUUUUUUGGCAAAAUCCUUCUUGCAGUUCUUAUCGCCAGUCAACAUUGUCGACAGUAAGGCUUCGGUCUUUUCCCCCACUGUCGGCAAUGUUAAUUGGUCUGUCCGGACUUUUCUGUCCGUCUUGCGAUUUUCAGACUCUACAUGGUUGUGUCGAUGGGCUUCUUUACUCCAAAUCUUCCCCUGCACAAAUUAUUGUCUAGUCCAAGCUACUUAAACAUUGCUUUGCUUCGAUUUGCAUAAGUACUGAUUGUAUUUCUGAGGUAACAAGGUCAACAAUAAAGUUCCGGCUUUUUCCCCCAUUGGUGGCAGUGUUGCCUUUCAGAAGUUUCCCGCUCAACUAUUAACUCUCAAGGUAAAAGUAAAAAAUAAGCUGUUUUUUUCAUUUGUAAGGUAAAGUAACGUAAAAUCAUUUCUCACGAACCCAUACUUCAAAAGAAUUGUGGGGGGUUGGAGGGCCCCACUGGUUGGUAGAACUUUUCUUUCCCCCUGUUUCUAUCUUGCUGUUUCACCUGCAUUAAACAACCUUUAUUGAGUCUUUGUGCUUCUCUUCACUUGUGCACUAAACAAUUGGGUUUUCUAGCCCCAAACAAUCGCUUCUCAGCCUUUGGCAGAGAUCAAAGUGGAGUAUCUGUGCUUUUUCAAACGUGUGGGGUCUAUAAAACGAGUUUUUCCGUCACCUCAUCAGAAAAAAAAAUGAAACCGGUUUAUUUUAUUUCAGCAACCCAAAAAGCAGGUUAAAAGUGGGUUUUUUUAAAAAGUUGAGCAAGACCAACAUUUCAAUGUUCGACAUUUGUUUCCCCCAGUGUUGGUCUUGCUAGAACUUCCAGACUCAACACUUGAGAUCUUACAGAUAUUGUGUUUGGCAUUUAGAAACAACAUAAGGACAAUAACCCAAGCCGCUCAGCGUUAUGCUCAAAGAGAUUACAAAAAAAGAAAAGGAGAAAAAGACUGCAAUGAACAACCACAAUUUGAUUUCUGUUGACCCAAAAGGAAUGAUCCUAAGUAGUGCAUAACUCGCGUGAAGACUAAUUUAUCCCUUUCCCACGCCAUUCACUGCCCCCCCCCCCCCCCCCACUUAUUUUGCUCUCAGAUAGCGCACUUUCGCCCUUUCCGAUAACAAGGUCAACAGUAAAGCAUUCACAGCUUUGUUCCCCAUUGUUGGCAAUGUAAUCGCCCGCCACGAAAUAGAUGUUUCUUUUUCUAUAUGUCCAUUCAGAUGCAAGAAUAAUCUUGCAUCUGAUUGGACGUCUUUAAGGAAAACACCUCUUCUUAUCGAAGUUCGCUAGGAAACUUAGGUUAAAACCAGAUGCUGUUUUGACAACUCUUGAUUGCUUUGUAAAACAGAAAAAAAUAUAGCAUAGAAACGUGGCUGCUAAAGCGGGGACCUGUUUUUUAAAAUAACUUCCUUUCUGUACUGCCAAUAAAACAAAUAAUCUUAAUGAAUAAUUGUAAAGUCCCAGGUUUCUUAACAAGACCAACAUUCAAUGCUCUGCAUUGAUUCCCCCUGUGUUGGCCGUGUUCGAAAUCCUUGUUUUGCAGACUCAUAAACUCUAUUGAGUUAAGUACUGCGUAAACUGUUGCAGUUAUUGUAAAUAUGGCAGUCUCCCUUACUCAAAAUCGUGUUCCACUUAUUCCGAAAGCCACCGUAGAAGCAGAACAUUCGGCAAGUAAAACGUGAACAUAGAUUUGAAAGUUAUACGACUUACAAAUAAGAGUAAAACCACUAAUAUUGCUGAGAAUAAGUGUAAGGGGGUUCUUAAAUCAAAUUUAUGGGAGUUCUUGUAUGGCGAAGAGUGUAAAAAAACUGGCGUUUAUAAGUUGAUUCGAUCGGUUUUCUGGCACCCGCAAGUCUUAAAACGCGCCUGUUGGUAAAUUUCUUGUGACAAACAUACGAGGGUAGGAAAGACAGCAAGUAGUGACAGAAGCAAACUGUACCAAGCACCCAACAACCGCACCCAUUUUCAGAAACUGUUCUGUCACUAAGUCGUUAAGAACAAGACCAACAUUCAGCGCAGUGCGUUGUUCCCCCAGUGUUGGUAAUGUUCUUUCAUGUCAAGUGAUGGAACUGUUCACGACCCUUUUGCACGCUAGAUUAACACCCCCCAUCCCC